AUGAAGAGAAAAUCUCUUUCAGAAGAAGAAAAUCUCUUUAGAGAGAGAGAAAAUCUUGAUGAAAAGAAGAAGAAGAAGAAGAAUAAUAAAAAACAAGUAACAACUACUGGUAUAUUGACAAACACUUCAUGCCAAGUGGCGGGAUUGCGGGUAACCCUCCCUGAAGAUCUUAUUGGCGAAGUCUUAUCAUAUCUUACAGUUAAAUCUCUGAUGCGGAUGAAGUGCGUCAAUAAAUCAUGGAAAACUCUCAUCUCCGAUCCAAUCUUUGUCAAAAUGCAUCUCAUGCGCUCUCCACGUAAUACACACUUCGUACUUCCCUUUGUCAACAAUUACCGUGGCUUAUCCAGGUUCGUCUCUGCUAAUAUCUUACCCAUCUCUGUGAGUCAUUUCCUGAAGAGUUGGAGGACAACUGUAAUCAGGCUAACCGAAGAUCCUUACCGACGAUUUCGUUCCAAGGACCUCCGUCGUAUUGUUGGUUCAUGCAACGGAUUGAUAUGCUUGCUCGAUAGUAGUACUAGUAGUGCGGAUUAUGUAGAGCAUUCAUAUUCAUUGUAUUUUUGGAACCCGGCUACGAGGACAAAAUCUGAAAAAUUAGGGUUUAUUGGCAAUAACAGGAACUUCCAUACCUUCGAUUCUGCCAUGUUCACGUUUGGUUGUGAUAAUUCAACAGACACUUAUAAGGUUGUGUGGCUAAAUUUUGACAAAGACAACUGCUACAAUUAUAAUCGUAGUAUUAGAACCACCGUAAAAGUUUUUACUUUGGGUGAUAAUGUUUGGAGAGAUAUUGAUUGUUUCCCUGUGGUGUUAGUGGAUUAUCCUGAUUGUUUGGUUCAACAUGAUGGCGUUUAUUUCAGUGAUGCUAUUAAUUGGUUGGUGUAUCAUGAGUAUAAUUGUCAUUUGAAGAAUCUUAUGAUUAGAGAACAUGUUAUUGUCUCGCUUGAUUUGGGGACAGAGACAUAUUCACAGUUGUUGCUCCCUCAAUGUUGUAAUAAUGAAAUGUCAGUUGAUCCUACUCCAGCUCUUUUUGUGUUUAUGGAUUGCCUUUGUUUGUCUUAUGAUUUCGAGAAAACAUAUUUUGUAAUAUGGCAAAUGAAGGAAUUUGGAGUUGAAGAGUCUUGGACUCAAUUCCUUAAAAUUAGUUAUCUGGAUCUUAAUAUUAAUAUUAGUGAUUUGGAGUAUGGUAUGCGGUUGUUUCCAUUGUGUUUUUCUGAUGAUGAUGCAUUGAUAUUAGGUAACAAUUUUGGGUAUGCCCCAAUUCUAUAUGAUUGGAGAAACAAUAGAGUAAAGAUAAUCAAAAGUACCAAGUUUGGAGACAAAACAAAUCAUGGUACUAUUUGUUACGAUGAUUGGUACCAUGCCAAAGAGUACAGUGUUGAAAGCUUGGUAUCACCUUGUUGAAAAUAGGAUCACCAUAAGCUGAAGAACAAUGUGUUUCAUCUGAUCCUGUCAACAAAUAAAGGAAUCGAUCAUGAUCACACAAAGAGAAUCUGAUAAAUUAUUACUGCUUGCUUAUUUUGAUCAAGCAUCGAAGUUGCAGACUGUUACCUGCUGCUAUGAGUUAUCCUUUUCAAUUUUUAUAUGAUGUUAAGGGCAUAUUUACAUUAAACAUUUUUCUUGGUAUUAGGAAGAAUUGAUAGUUAUAGUACUAUUUUGAUUUGGUCCAUUUAGCUAUAUAUAGCUUUCUGUUUCAUUUUUCUUAAAGAAGUUUAUAGUUUGCACAAUUUAUAUAUUUAAUUGUGAUACAAUCCAUUGAAUUCUCUUUGGAGGAAUUGGUUA